CCGUAGUCACGUGUCCCGGAGCGAUCUGCGCAACUGUAUCGCAGAUUCUGUAGUAAAGUUUGUUUUAUUUUUGUUGGUAAGCCAAAAAAACAUUUCAGACAAGAACGAUUAGUGAACAACGGGAUCAUGGCGCUGAAGAUGUGACAGCAUCAAUAUGGCCUCUUCAAAUCAGCCUGCAAGACAGUAUGUCAGUGAUGCUCGUUUAAACCUGGUUGGACAGCUACAAAAUGUGUCUCUUAUUGUUGAAAAACUUCACCAGCAGGGUGUUUUCAAUCACAAUGAAGUUAGUGAAAUUGAUGCCGUACCAGAAAAAUACAACAAAACCAGGAAGAUACUGGACUGGAUCUUAAACAAGGGUGAGGAGGCCUGCUAUCAGUUUCUCAGAAUUCUGGACUGUGAGAGGAAAUCAGUCUUCCCGAAAGCAGACUCUAACCUGCAUACGUGGAUCUGCUUGUUCUCCUUUAGAGACGAGGCUACAUCUGAUUAUAUUCAGGGGCCAAGAUUGUGUCAUCAGUUUCAAAACUUUUUGAAGACAAGUACAAAACACAUUCUUAGUCAACAGUGGAAGCAGAGGCAGUCGUUGUGUAAAGUCCAGGAAAACUUCCCCUUUAUUCCUCUGGUGUUGGACACAGACACACAAAAAAAUAAGCCAUGUAAUAAAAUCCUACUCAAGAGCAAGAAAGCUAAAAAGCCUCGUUCAAAAAAGAUGAAAGCCUACAUACCAAGGGACACACACCAGAAAUCACAUGAGGAUCUGUUUAAUAGCCGGGAGCAAAACAUCCUAAUAGUAGGAAAACCUGGAAUUGGGAAAACAACAGUUGUUCAACAAAUGUUACAUCAUUGGGCAGAGAGACAUGACCGAAAACUUGACUUCAUGUUUUACUUUGAUGAAAACACACUGUCAAAUACCUCAAAUGUAGUGAGCUUUAAAAAUCUUCUGCUUGACCCAUUUUUAAUGUCAAAUCCACAGCUUAAAGAUAAUGCUGAUGAAAUUGUGCAAUAUCUUCAAGAAUAUUCUGACAGAGUCACCAUAGUUUUUGAUGGAAUCAGAGAUUUUCAGGACAACACAAUCUUGCUGGGGGUAAUGCAACAUGAACUUCUGCCUGAAGCAAAGAUUGUGGUAACAUGCAGACCGGAAGUCGAGUAUGAGUUCUCUGACUGGGCAACAUGUACAGUCUAUGUUCAAGGUUUCAGUGAGGAAUCUAUUUAUGAUUUCUUUAGGGCAAUGUCUAAUAAUGAUCCAGAGCUGGUAGACAGUGUGAUAAACAAUCCUGCACUCUUCAGUAUCUGUCAUGUCCCUAUGUAUGCUUUUUUGGUGGCAGCCUGCAUUUCAUAUUACACUUCUGAUGAAGCUCAGAAACCGUGCACAGCUACUGAGCUGUAUGUGCGGAUUUUUUGUCACUGUCUACAAAGACAUGGAAAUGUGUCAUUGCUGCAAUUAGAGGGACACAUUAAGAACUUCAGGGACGUGAUCUUAUCUUUAGCAGAGUGCGCUUUCAAUGCAACCAAGUUAAAGACUUUCAAUCUGAAGUUUGAUUUUGAAGCAAGAGGCAUUGCUGCCAUUUUCCUAAAGACUGGGUUAGUUGUGUCACCAACACAUCCCAGACAUUUUUGUGCAUUUCAUCACAACACAAUGCAGGAAUUUUUUUCUGCUCUCUGGCUGCUAGAAAAAACUGAAUUACUUGAUGAGGUACUCCAGCUGUGCCAAAAUGAAGAGAAUAGGCACAUGAAACAUGUAAUUCCUUUCCUCUGUGGACUCCAAUCACAAACCAACACUGAUCAUUUAAAGUGUCUCCAUCCACCGAACAAGAUCAAGGAAAAUGCUAAUGAUUUUUUUAAGAAAGUCUUUAACAUUUUCCUUGUUGGUCAACCAGAUGAUGAAAAUGUGGACAUUGCCUUCAUAUGUCAGUGUCUGUAUGAAUAUCAGUCAGCUGGAACAUGCUUCUUAUUUCUGGAGGAAAUAAACUAUCAUCUAGAUCUGAGUGAGGAACAUCUUGACCCUUACACAUGCUCUGCAGUGUCCUAUGUAAUCAGCCAAUCAGGCAACAAACAGGUUCAUCUUUGUUUGGAAAACACUGCUGUAUCUCUCACAGGGCUGAAGAUAAUUCUUAAACAUUCAAAAUAUCUAAGGUAUUUAUCAACAACACUAUGUCAGGUGUGGACAAUCGCCUUGCAGUGUGAGGAGCUGAACUAUCUGAGAAAUCUCCUACUAUUAUGCGGAAAUGAGAUGUACAUCUCAAUGAGCAGUCAGACAGAUGUGCUUAAGCAAGCUGAAAAAAUUAUAACCCAAAGCACAGAGCAAACAAUUCUUCAUCUGUACUGUGAUAAAGACCCACAACAGCUUACAGAGCUUUUCUUUAACACAGUGUUGUCAUGGCUGCCAUACAUCAGCUCUCUUCAGUUUUACUCUGAUCAGGGAGAACGAGAACAGAGAUGUAGAACAUUUCUACUGGAUUUGUGUCUACAAGCAGCUCUACACCAACCACAACACAUCCAGGACACAGUGCAGACAGUGAUGAGAUGGUAUUAUAAAGGACAGAGUGAUUUCCUGCUGGAUCUGUACUCCCGUGUGAAGCAGUAUGAGAGUGUAACAGACAGGAGUGUCCUUCCAGUAUUGCUGCCAGUUUACAGGUCAGCUUCUGCACUUUGGUCCAUAAAUCUCUCAGAGAGAAAAGUCUCCCUCCUCCUAGAAGUGCUGAAACUCCAAACAGAGGAGAAACCAGUGGAGCUGAGAGACUGUUCAGAUGAAGAGAGUGAAGUGAGGAGUUUCCUUCAGUGUCUGCCCUACAUCUCACAACUCAGCUGUGAGUUUAAAGAAGGAGAGAAAGAUCGAGAAAAGAGACGUAGAUCAUUUCUACUGGAUUUGUGUCUACAAGCAGCUCUACACCAACCACAACACAUCCAGCAAGUAAUACAGAAAGUGAUGUCAUAUAUUAAAGAAGAUGAUGACGAAGAAUAUUAUUGUAAAAAUGAGAGUGGUUUCCUGCUGGAUCUGUACUCCCGUGUGAAGCAGUAUGAGAGUGAAACAGACAGGAGUGUCCUUCCAGUAUUGCUGCCAGUUUACCAGUCAGGUCCUCCAGUCUGGUCCAUAAAUCUCUCAGAGAGAAAAGUCUCCCUCCUCCUAGAAGUGCUAAAACUCCAAACAGAGAAGAAACCAGUGGUGCUGAGAGACUGUUCAGAUGAAGAGAGUGAAGUGAGGAGUUUCCUUCAGUGUCUGCCCUACAUCUCACAACUCAGGGUUAAAGGGUUUCAUCCAGACUCUGAAAUCAUCCAGUUUUUGCUGAAUCUGAGCGUCGCAGCAGUCGACUGUCAAUCAGAUGAAGGAGAGAGUUUUACUGAGCUGCUGACAUCAGUGUGUAGAUACAACACGUUCCCUUAUGGUGAAGAGUUUGAUGAAUUCCAAGAAGGACAGAGUGAUUUCCUGCUGGAUCUGUACUCCCGUGUGAAGCAGUAUGAGAGUGAAACAGACAGGAGGGUCCUUCCAGUAUUGCUGCCAGUUUACCAGUCAGGUCCUCCAGUCUGGUCCAUAAAUCUCUCAGAGAGAAAAGUCUCCCUCCUCCUAGAAGUGCUGAAACUCCAAACAGAGAAGAAACCAGUGGAGCUGAUAGACUGUUCAGAUGAAGAGAGUGAAGUGAGGAGUUUCCUUCAGUGUCUGCCCUACAUCUCACAACUCAGGGUUAAAGGGUAAGUUUAUAAAGUCCAUGUGUUUAUAGACAAAAUACUUUACUGGUACACCUGCUCCAAACC